GGACGCGUGAGCUGUAAAACUUGUGUCAGCGGGAGGUCGAAUCCAUAAGAGCGGCUCAGACGCGUUACCAAUAACAGGUGGAGAGAUGAGAGGAUCCCGUAAUUUUGAGCCUAUUGCUUUACUUGUCAUCGGAACAAUCUGCUUGGUCAUAAUUCUCAACAAAGAUGACCCAUCUACAGUUUCACAGGCAGGCAGUGCCCAAAGCAAUGCAAGGAAAGCAUUUAAGAGCCGAGUGUCCACAAAUCCCACGACAGAAAGUAAAGACCAGUACACCCACCCACCUUGUGAACGGAAUGCCUCUGCUGCCAAUAUAGAAGGAUUUGCCACUCUUCCAGGACACAUCCAGAGCUUCCUCUUUUAUCGGCACUGCCGGCAUUUCCCAAUGCUGCUUAAUGUGCCUGGGAAGUGUGGGAGAACACCACGUGAAUCAGCAGAUGUCUUUCUGCUGUUGGUGAUAAAGAGUUCUCCUUGGAACUAUGAUCGUCGUGAGGUACUAAGGAAGACCUGGGCAAAGGAACGGCUGCAGAAUGGGGUGUGGAUUCGCCGAGUAUUUAUCUCUGGCACAACGGGCACAGGUAUUGAGAAACAGAGGCUAAAUAAGAUGAUGCGUCUUGAGAACCGUGAACACCAUGAUAUUCUGCAGUGGGACUUCAAUGACUCGUUCUUCAACCUCACCCUCAAGCAGAUCCUUUUCUUAGAGUGGAUGGAGAAGAGCUGUCCUCAGGCCCGCUUCCUCCUGAACGGUGACGAUGACAUCUUCGCCAACACCGACAACAUGGUGGAAUACCUUCAAAGCCUAAGUGACAAUGAUGGCAGUAAGCACCUCUUUGUGGGCCACCUCAUCCGCUAUGUGGGACCCAUCAGAGAAUCUGGGAGCAAGUAUUUUGUCCCUGUUCAGGUUCAAGAAUCCAACUCAUAUCCCCCAUACUGUGGUGGAGGGGGCUUCUUACUUUCUGGCUUUACAGCUACAGUCAUAUACAACAUGUCCCACAACAUCAACCUCUUGCCCAUUGAUGAUGUCUACAUGGGCAUGUGUCUGGAAAAGGCUGGACUGGAGCCUGUUUCCCAUUUUGGAGUUAGGACUGCUGGACUUCAUGUUCCGUCUCAGAUAGCUGAUGCAUAUGACCCUUGUUAUUACCGGGAGAUUAUCUUGGUACACAGAUUUCUGCCCCAUCAAAUCUACAUCAUGUGGCAUGGAAUACAUGAACCUGACUUGAAAUGUGGAAGUUCAUCUUCCCCAACGUGACACUGGUCUGUUACACUCUUGUUUGGAUUCUCAGCUGAAUGUAAACAAUGCGAAUGCAAAAUUCUUACCAUUACCCUCAUUUCCAAAAUUACUGCCCCAUGCACAAGUUAAUUAUGGGGACACUGAAUAUUUUUCAUGACUUUGCAAAAACAUGGUGGAGAUUGGGACACAGCUCUAGAAUAGGAUUAUCGUAUUUAUGCUGGAAAACAAUGAAGAAAAAUUUCCAUAUCUCAUUUGCACUGUGUAUGGAGUUUUUGAUUGUUUAUUAAAAAAAAAAUUAAGGUUUUUUUUCCAUC